AUGGACAUGACUAUCAACACCCUCAAUCCAAACGUUUCAGACAUGGCAAGCUCCAGUGAUGAGAAUGAUCGGAUCCGCAUGCUUGGUUUAUACGAAGAGGAAAUGAAUGUCUUCGGCAGAAUCUUGCGAACCAUGAACCUCGACAAGAUUCCCGACUUCGCAUCUGAUGUUCGCCAGUACGGCCAUCGCUCUACAGUCAAUAGCCCUGUCCAGGGUCUGUCUGAGCCUUGCUCGAUCAGCUGCAAGGUCAUCAAUCCUCCUCUCUAUGGAUCUUUCCAUAUCGUAUUUCCCAUCGAAUUCGCGGAUGGAGCGAAGUGGAUGCUCAAGAUUCCCGCCAAAGGCGAUCACUUCGACUCCGUUGCUGCUGCUGCCUUGGCAUCCGAAGCACGGACUAUGCAGAUGCUUAGAAGAGAGACCAGCAUACCAGUCCCAAUAGUCUACGCAUUCGAUACAUCUUCUAAUAACGAUCUCUUGACUCCCUUCAUUCUAAUGGAGAAGCUGGAUGGUAGACCGUUAUAUCAUCUGUGGUUCGAUAGCGAGGUGCCGAAGGCUCGUCUUGAGCAUUUUCGUAUCAAAGCCCUCCAGAGCCUUGCUGGAGCUAUGGUGCAGCUAAACAAGUUCACCCUUAAUACUGGUGGCUCUCUUGUUUUCAAUCCUGAUGGUACUCCUGUUGGUCUUGGUGGUGCAAAGGUAGUGGAUGGAGUAGCUAUAUUCAACAAGGCCAGAGCAUCUCAGGUCCAUCAAACAACCUCCGACAAGGGCGACGAGAGCAACCCCGAUGACCUUCGUGUCGAAGCAGCCAAAUCUAGCAUCCCUAACGCAUUUGGGUGUAGUCAGAUCAACGCCGACAAGAGCGAUGAUGAUGACAUCAUCUACGAGCGUGGCCCAUUCAGCAACCCGAAAGAAUAUUUCAUGUCCAAUCUAGACAGAUCUGACCCUGCUUUCAGAGCUGAUGCAUAUGAGCGGGGGACCGAUAGGUCUCUUCGCCUGUUCAUCGAGUGGGCUUUUGCCAAUUCUCGAGAUCAUGACCGACGUUUUGUCCUCGCCCAUCCUGAUCUGGAUGUCCAAAAUAUCUUGGUAGCCGAAGACGGUACAUUGACCGGCUUGAUUGACUGGGACGGAGUCGCAGCCGUGCCCCGUGAAGUUGGAUGCGCCCAGUAUCCGCUAUGGUUGAUGCGCGAUUGGGUGCUAUUACGGUAUGAGUACGAUAUAGACAAAGGAAGAGCUUGUACACGCGCCGGAUACGAAGAGAGCUCGCCUGCAGAGCUUGCAAGCUAUCGCGCCUUGUACGCCCACUUGAUGGAAGUGGAGAUUGAGAAGAUGACCGGUGGUUCAAAUAAGAGGACUACCUUCGGAACGUCACCAAAGCAGGAAGCCGAUUUGACACGCAGAUCCUUGAUCAUGAGGAACCUGGAUCUUUCAGCAGGUGACCCUUGGGUUGCUUUGGGUACUGUGAAUCACAUUAUCGAUCAGAUUGAGGAACUGACAGCUCCUGGAUGGGAGGACACAGAUUCCAUUUCCUCAUUUUCCAGUGGCAGUGACUCUGACAGUGACUCUAGCAGGAGUGUUGACAGUAGUAUCAAAGAAGAAGAUACAGAACCCCAAGCUCCUGAAACAAACGAGCAAGGCUCGAUUGGUAUGAGAGUGAGUGUUUCUGCUCAUGGGGCAGACCAAGAAUCUAAAGAGAUGGAAUUCAUUGUGCCUGAAGUGACUGUCAAGGUCAUAAACAACUCUUGGGGAGCAGGGGCACAGGAUCGGGUAUUCCCGGCCCCCUUGGGGGCGUCUCAAACAGACGUUGGCAAAUCCAAGACGCACAAAGCAUCCAAAGUGGAUCCUGAAGAAGACUGCUCCACGACAUCAGCUCAUCUAGGUUGGACACGCAGACUCCUUCGAUUUGGCUGCAACACUGCAGAGAAAUCUCUGAGGAAACUAGCAAAGAUCGGCUAUGCCCUAGAAAUUGCCGUUGACGAAGCCGCAGAGCUAUCAUCUGAAGCUGGAGUACAAUCUGCCGUGACUGUUGCGGAAGAAAAUUCUGGGAAGGUGGGGGAGCUCGACACUCCACAGCAAAUAAAUGCGAUUGAGCUUUCUGAAGAGAUGGGAACGAAGCAACUCAAAGACACCCUGUCAACUAACGAUACGAGAAUGCCGGAGCAGCUCAACGACGUUGGGUCGAUCGGGUCCACUGCAGAUGUACAGAAAAUCCCAUCAACUCAAACGGUUAUCAUUUCAGACAGGAUCAAAAGAUCUGCCUCUAUCCCACCCACCGUAGAGCCGCAAGACAUUCUGUUACGAAAGGGUGAGCUCCUGCAAGCAGCGAGGGCGGUGAAGAAGGCGGAAAGAAAGGCUCAUUAUCUUGCUGACAAAGCGGCAAUAAAGAAAGAGCUAAAAGUGUGGGAGAACAUUGCUCUUGCGGUUUGGCGUCGCGGUAUUUCUCUCGAGCAGCUCCAACUGAACCAGGGCAAGAUUGCUAGCUCGGUUGUCGAUAUGCUCCGCUCGGAGCAAGAGCAUGAGGAUGGUCUAGCAGUGAGUACUCAUCUCACAUCAGCGACUGAAGCAACCGCUGCCGCCGCCGAGAUGGUAGAUAGCAGUGCAGCUGCUCUGAGCCGUCUUGAAGACAAUUCCAUGCAGUCAAAAGGGGAACCAGAGGAAGUCCGGCUAGAAGAAGACGUGCCACAGACCGCGAAGGUCAACGGCGAUGAGCCGUCGAGGACUUCCAAGGUCACCAUUACCGGUGUUGCAGAGAAUAGUAGACUUGAGUCGAAGGCUCACCGGAUUUCCAUGAAAAUUUCGAAUACCACAUGUCAAGCUAUUCGUGAACCGGAGAACACCGUCUUCGAAAUCUUCGAAGACAACAAAGACGAGUCAGAGUCGCCCAAUGCCAUUUUGUCCACACCACAGCCUCAAGCUGGGUUGUGUCUUGCUCGGAACUCCCGUACCUCGAAGUCAAAUGGCAGUAAGAAGAGAACGAAAAAGCCGACGACAGCUAAAGGGGACAAGACGUCGCCUGCAUUGGGAAAAGAAAAUCCUUCUUCAUCAGAAUGGUCUGCGUUCAACACUCUCCCCAACAAUUCUGUUUCAACGAACCAACCAGAAGUACCACCCGAAGAAGAUGACUUUGCUGUUGGGUUCAACAUUGGGCAGAAGAACAAGAUGCUCCACGAAGAAGCGGCUAGAGACUUCACCAAAGUAAGAGAAUCGCAGACAUCGUCCGGGUCCUCAUCUACGUCUAGAGAAUGUGUGCUACCGGCGACCGCUAAAACCUCUUACAGCCUUAGAGCUCUUUGCAAGUUUGGGACCUCGUACUUCACGCAGAUCCUCUUUAACCGCAACCAAUCCAAGGAAGACAAAGGGUGCUUGUCUCAGGAAAGCAGUGUAAUCAGUGAGAGUGGUAAUGAAGAAGAAGGAGGAAGCGACGUCGAAGAUACUCACUCUAGUGCCACUUCGCUAAGUGACGACCAAGCCAAUGAUGAAGAGAACCAUGAAAUCAAGGAAGAUAAAGAUGAUACGCCACAAUUUGCAGUCAUUGCUAUCAAUGAAGGCCAUGGAGGUGGAUGCGGUGGAGAUGAAGAUGGCGAAGAAUUUGACGAAGAGGGACGCGAAGAAGGUAGAAUAAACGAAGCGAUGGGACAGACGAACCACCACAAGCAUGCGUCAUUCGCCAAAGGCUCGCCCGAGGAAGACGGGCUCAUCAAGUCUUGCGCAUCUCGAAGGACGUAUGACCCCUGCAGUGAAGAUUGGGUAGAGGCAAAGAAUUUCGACAAACCAACCAAGGUUGGAAGCACCCCUACAACAAGUGACAAAGCACGAAUUGGCGAAAUGAUUGACGACAAUGACGGCGGAGAUGGAGGGGAUGCGAACAUUGAAUCCGGCCAUGAGGAUCAAGCUUGCGGCGACGAAGGGGUUGAAUCUUUGGGUGACUCAGACAUACCUGAAUUCGAGGAUCAUGGCGGAUUUGAUCGCUACACCGUCUGCAACCUCCUAGGGAUGGGGGAACUUGACGAGCUGCGCCUGCUACGCCUGAAAGAGGGGUUUUUGAUGCUACUUGAGCAGUAUUGA